AUGUUGCUCUUGUUCAAUUGUUAUGAACUUGCUCAGUUGCCGAUCAACUUGGGGAGACUCAUCAACUUGCGCCAUCUUGAUGUUAGAAGCACUAAUCUAAAAGAGAUGCCACCACAUAUGGAUAAGUUGAAGGAUCUCCACACAUUGAGUGACUUUGUUGUUGGCAAACAAACUGCACCUAGCAUUGUAGUGUUGAAAGAGCUUCAGAUAGUAGGUACACUUGCUAUUUCAGGGCUUCAUAAUAUUGUGAAUUCUGAGGAUGCUUUUGUUGCCAAUAUGAGAAAUAAGCACCUUGACGGACUAGCUUUGACAUGGGGAGCUGAGACCGAUGAUUCACAAAAAGAUAGAGAGGUGCUUAAUAAUCUCCAGCCUCAUACACACCUGAAAGCCCUCAGUCUUAAGUUUUAUGGGGUGGAGACCAUAGGGCCUGAGUUUUAUGGUAAUGGUGUUUCUGUUGUUAUGCCAUUUAGAUCUCUAUCAGUUUUAUUCUUCAAAGAUAUGUUGGGAUGGCAAGAGUGGUCUCAUUUCGGAAGUAGCCAAGAAGGUGGAGCUUUUCCUCAUCUUUGUCAGCUCUAUCUGACAAAUUGUCCCAAGCUAACAGAGAAAUUACCUGAGUAUCUUCCAUCCUUGACUACACUUGAGAUAAGGAGAUGCGAGCAACUUCUGGGUUCACUUCCAAGAACUCGGGCCAUUUUGGAGAUUCCUUCUGUGAAAGACAACCUUUGUCUUGAAGAGAAAACUAGCGGAACUAACUCAUCUCUUACUCCAUUUCCUUGUGACGGUCUGGCUGAUGCUUUAAGAGUUAGUUUAAAUUUACAUCACUUAUCUCCACUAAAUCACUGCUAUGCAUUCCUUCAAACAUUGAAGAUAAAGAGUAGCUGUGAUUCAACCAAGUCUAUCCCGCUGGACUACUUCCCAAGGGUUAAAGAGCUCAAAUUAUAUAACUGUAGGAAUCUGGAAUCCUUUACUUAUUCCCAGGAUUCUGAAAGCCCUAUAAUCCUGUCCCUCAGUUCCUUGAGAAUAUUUAAUUGCCCAAAUUUUGUAUCUUUUCCCGAUGGAGGACUGUAUGCCCCCAACUUGAUUGUGCUUAAUAUAUCUGAAUCCUAUAAAUUGAGGUCAUUGCCAGAACAUAUGUGCACCAGUCUCUCAUCUCUUCAGGCUGUAAUCCUAGAGUAUUGUUCUGAACUAGAGUCAUUUCCUGAAGGGGGGCUGCCUUCAAAUUUGGAUAUGCUGCGUAUCUUUGGAUCCAAAAAACUCAUUGCCAACCGCAUGCACUGGGGUCUGGAUAGGCUCAUCUGUCUCAGAUACUUGGCUUUCAGCUUUGACGAAUGUGAAGACGUUGUAUCAUUUCCGGAGGAGGGGCUUCUGCCUACCAUUUUGACUACUCUCUGCAUCUUCAAUAGUCCAAAUCUUAAGAUCCUGGACUCUAAGGGUUUUCAAAACCUCACCGCUCUUCAACAUUUGUUCAUUGAUGGGUGUAAUGAGCUUGAAUGCUUGCCAGAAGGCCUUCCCACUUCUCUUUCUCAUUUGGAUAUCAAUAAAUGUCCUUUGCUGACACAAAGGUGCCAGAAUGAGAUAGGGGAAGAUUGGCCAAAGAUUUCUCACAUCACUCGUGUAACCGUUGAUGGGCUCGAUUAA